AUGAAUUUUCAAAAACCAAAUUCAUUUCAGCAAUUUGGCCAAACAGACCCUUCUGGCUUUCACUCUGGCUUUUCUAACUCAUAUGCAUCUCAGCCUUUUUCAUCUGGCUUUACCAAACCUCCUCAAGGAGGCUUUGGCAUUCCUUCAGCAACGCCAGUGUCAACUUCUUCAACCUCUUUUUCUAAUCCUCAUUUUACUCAAAGCCAACCUUUUAACUCGAAUCCUCCACAACCUUCAGGCUUCUCCCAAGCUCAGUUCCAAAAUGCCGGAACCCAACAGCCAUUUGGAGCACAGCCAGCCCCCCUAUUUUCAAGCCCCAUGAAUGUAGCUGGAAGUCCUAUGAAAGGAUUUCAAUCAAGUUUUCAGCAGAAUUCUCCAGCCAUGAAUAACUCUGCAAAUGGGACAAAAAGCACAAGAUAUAGAGAAGAUUCAUCGACAGAAACGCAUAUUGGCAUAACAUCUAUUUCUGGGCUAGAUGAAUUUCAAAAUAGAUCCAUUGAAGAAUUAAGAUUUGAGGACUAUAAAUUUAAUGAUGGGUAUAUCAGAAAUACCCAAACAGGAGUUUAUCCUAUAAUUAGUCAACCUCCUCCUUUUUCAGGAGCCACAAGCAGUUUUGGAGGGAUUAGGUCAGCUUUGAAAACUGCAAAUACUUUUCCAAACGUUUCAGGGGCAGCACCAACAAGUAAUACAGCUAAUAUAUCAAAUUUUGGAGGAAAUAUUCCACAAAAUCAAUGGAACUCAAAUGGAAGCUUCUCUGCAGGCACUCAACAAAACUCUGUGCAGUCUAUUUUCAGCCAAACUUCAACAUCAAAUACUACAGUUGGAUCAUCAUCAGGAUCUUCAAUCUCAGGAGGAGCAAGCUCAAUUUGGCAAACUCAAACCCAAAACUCUUUAUUUUCUCAGCCAAAUCCUCUAUUUCCUCAAACCACAGGUCAACAAACAUUUAGCCAAGCAUCAAAUAUUGGAAGUAUGAGUUCUCAAGCCCCCAAUAAAUCGUUGUUUGGAAAUAUAAAUAAUGCUCCUACUCAGCAGAUAGUCAUUCAGCCUAUAAUGCAAGCUUCAUUAUUUGGAAGCAUAAAUCCACCUCAAGCUCCAUUAUUUCCUACAAAUAUUCAACAAAGUAAUCCACAGCCAAGCUCCUUAUUUGGAGCAAAUUCUUCAAACAGCCAAUUUGCAGGAGCUUCUAUAAGUUCGCUCAGUAGCAGUUUAUUUGCAAAUCCUCAACAGCAAGCUCCAUAUUAUAAUCCUCCUCAGCAAACCCAAGCAUCUUUAUUCAGUUCUGCACAGCCAAUGGGAGGAAAUUUAUUUCCAAACAACCCUCAAAAGCCAGCUGGGCUUUUUGCUCCAACGCAGCCUAACCUCAGUCAAGCUCAAAUUCCUCAUAUGGAUGCACUGCUAACUGCAUUUAAAGAUCCCCAAGGGCUAUUAUCUAUUUUCUCUUAUAAUUCUCUUGAAGAAAUCGUUUCUUCAUAUAAAAGAGACACUGAUCUGUUUAAACUGCCUAAGAAAACCAGUCUUAUUUCUCGUUUUUCAGAUACUCCAAAGCUCAGCCAUGACUCAGAUUUUAAUAAAUGGAGGCAGAAUAUAGAUAGAAGAUCCCUCACGCCAAAAUUAAAAUGAGAGCCCUCCAGAUUCAGUCCUAUAUUAGAUAGAAAAGAAAGAUACGUGAUCACUAAAAAAUCGUCUUUUGAAAAGUUAAGACUUGAGGAAUAUGAGGGAGAAGACAAUUCCAAAUAUUUUAAGGCUGUUUCCUCAUCAUCAGACUCCCCUAAACGUGUAAAAACCACUGAAAUUAUAGCCACAACAUAUAACCCCUAUCCAAUUAGAAUGGCUAUUACAGUCAUUUCCACCACAACAAUACAAGAAAUCAAAUACAAAGUUUUUAAAAAGCUUGAGUGGGUUGAGAUGUCAAGAAUCCAACUGACGUUUAAGUCAAAAAUAUUACAAGACUCAGAUACUAUCAAAUCUCUAAGCAUGAUCCAUCAUGAUGCCAUUGAUGUAAUUGUAACACAAGAGCCUCAAGAGCCUAAAGAAACGUUUGCUCCUGUAGAUCUGCUUCCGAAGCUUAAAAGACCUGAAUACUUCACGACGCCGUCAAUGAUAGAAAUUGCUCGUAUGACAACAGAGGAAAUUAAAAGUAUAAAAAAUUUUACUAUAGAAAAUAAAUUUGGGAAAAUUGUUUUUGAUGGAGAAACAAAUAUGACGGGCUUAAAUUUAGAUGAAAUAGUAGAAAUUCAGCAAAAUGAAAUCAAUGUAUAUCCAAAUGAUCAAGAUAAGCCUAAGAUUGGAGAAGGGCUUAACAAGCCAGCAACAAUUUAUUUAUUUAAUUGUGUAGCAAAGAAAAAUAAGACAGACAAUGAAUUUAGAAAAAAACUAAAAGGGAUAGCUGAUAUUGAAUUUGUCAAUUGGGAUAGAAUAUCAAAAAUCUGGGUGUUUAAAGUUAAGCAUUUUUAA